CCCGCCCUUUUUCUCACCCGGUGCUUGCUUUGCAUUUGGGAAGAGGUGAUUUCAAGAGUGGCCAGGUGGGACGCCUCUCUGCCCCUUAUUCGGUGUAUUUAUUAUUGUUUGGGGGUGUUUUCUUUUUUAAGUCCUGUUUUGUGCGGUCCGGGGAGUUUCGCCCCCCCCACCCCUGCCCGGCUCCGCGGCGCGGAGGAUGGUGUGGAAAUGGCUGGGCGCGCUGGUGGUGUUCCCUCUGCAGAUGAUCUAUCUGGUGGUGAAGGCUGCCGUCGGACUGGUGCUGCCCGCCAAGCUGCGGGACCUGUCUCGGGAGAACGUCCUUAUCACCGGCGGCGGGAGAGGCAUCGGGCGCCAGCUCGCUCGCGAGUUCGCGGAACGCGGCGCCAGAAAGGUACCGGGACACCGCGACUCCAGGGGAUGGGGGCCAAAGGCUAGGGGGACCGCGGGGACAGGGGGUGCGCCCACCUGCUGCCGCUGCCGGAACCCGCGCCCAGGGUCUGAAAGUCGCCGGCCACCCUACUUCUCUGCGCCACCCAUCGUUCUGUGGGGCCGGACUGAGAAAUGCCUGAAGGAGACGACGGAGGAGAUUCGGCAGAUGGGCACCGAGUGCCACUACUUCAUCUGCGAUGUGGGCAACCGGGAGGAGGUGUACCAGACGGCCAAAGCUGUCCGGGAGAAGGUGGGCGACAUCACCAUCCUGGUGAACAACGCCGCCGUGGUCCAUGGGAAGAGCCUGAUGGACAGUGACGAUGAUGCCCUUCUCAAGUCCCAGCACAUCAACACCCUGGGCCAGUUCUGGACCACCAAGGCCUUCUUGCCACGGAUGCUGGAGCUGCAGAACGGCCACAUCGUGUGUCUCAACUCCGUGCUGGCGCUCUCUGCCAUCCCCGGCGCCAUCGACUACUGCACGUCCAAAGCCUCAGCCUUCGCCUUCAUGGAGAGCCUGACCCUGGGGCUGCUGGACUGUCCAGGCGUCAGUGCCACCACCGUGCUGCCCUUCCACACCAGUACCGAGAUGUUCCAGGGCAUGAGGGUCAGGUUCCCCAACCUCUUCCCGCCCCUAAAGCCGGAGACCGUGGCCCGGAGGACGGUGGAAGCCGUGCAGCUCAAUCAGGCCCUCCUCCUCCUCCCGUGGACGAUGCACGCCCUCAUUAUCUUGAAAAGGUAUGGGGCGGGGGGAGGAAGCUCUGGGUCAGGCUCAUGCUGGCCACUUCCCCUUCUCCCCGUGGACCCUGGUGGGGAAGAGGCCUCAGGCAAGAGAAAGUACCCCGGUGAUUGAUUAGUCAUGCCUGCCUGUUGUGGGCGUGAAAGUGAGAGCAGUGGCACGUGUGCCAUGGAUAUACUAUCCUUACUAAGGAGUGGCGGUUCUCAAACUUGUUGGUCUCAAGAACCCUUUACAAUCUUAAAAAUUAUUGAAGAACCCAAAGUGCUUUUAUCUCUGUGAGUUGUAUCUAUUGUAUUAGAAAUUAAAACUGAGAAAAUAUUUUAUGGGAUUUAUACAUUUAUUCAUUUAUAUAUAGCAAGAAAAAACCCAUUCAGUGUUAACAUAAAUGAUAUUUUUGUGAAAAGUAAAUGUAUUUUCCAAAAAAGAAAUGUAGUAAGAAGAAUGGCAUUAUUUUAUAUUUUUGCAAAGCUCUUUAUUAUCUGAAUUAAUUGAAGACAAAUGGAUGCUCAUAUCUGCUUCUGAUUUUAAUCUGUUGACGUCACAUGUCAUGUAGCCUCUGGAAAACUCAACUGUACACUCAUGAGAGAAUGAGACUUAAAAAGUCAAAACCUGUCUCAGUAUUAUAAUAAAAAUAGUUUGACCUGGCAGACAGACCCCUGAAGAGAUCUCAGGUACCCCCAAGGGUUCCUGGGCCACACUCUGAGAACUGCUAUUCUAGAGACUAAAUCUUGGCCCUAGCCUUCAGGAAGUUCAAUCUAAUAGGGAAGACUAGCGGUCCAGUGGUUAAGGCUCUGCGCUUCAGCUGCAGGGGGCACGGGUUCAAUCCCUGGUUGGGGAGCUAGGAUCCCGCAUGCUGUGUGGCACGGCCAAAAAUAAAAUAAAAUAGAAUAAAAUUUUAAAAGGAACAUCGGUUAAUGGGGAAGACAGGGAUUUCGUUGCCAAAGGCUCGGGAUUCACAGAAACAUCCCUGGUGGGAUUUACCAGGGCAGACCACCUUGCGGGGGAGGCUUUACAGAGGAGACCAUCUUCCUCCAAAAUUUGCCCAGCAUCACAUUCCCUAGAACUUUCCAGACUCUGAGCAACAAACCAUUCCCAUCCCACUCCCACACUGAAGGGGCCAUUGCAGGUGCCCCACUAAACACUGUUUUCAUAGGCCUCUCAUGCUGCACAGAGAGCUUUGACCCUGGAGCCCGAGUGACCGUGGACUCUUGGCUCCCCUGGGCCCCCAACCCCCAGCUGACUGAA